UGACUUCAUGAGACGCAGACAUAUCUGCCGUCUAACGGUUUUCCUGUCAAUUUCCAGUUCACACAUAUGCUCACAUAUGCUCUCGUAGGAUAUAUUUUCUCACAACGCCAGGCAGCUAAAGUGCACGUGCCCACACUGUACGUUAAAUAAUUAUAUACCAUCAUGGUAGGCUACUGUCCAAUCUGUGGGAAGCCUGUCUACUUUGGUGAAAAGAAGAGGUCCUUAGGGAGGGACUACCACCCUCUGUGUCUCAAGUGUCAUAAGUGCAAUCGACAGCUCACAGCUGGACAACAUGCAGAGCAUGAUGAGAAGCCAUAUUGUUCACACUGCUACCUGAAGAAGUUUGGUCCAAGAGGUAUGAGGUGACUGGUGUCAGCGGCCAUGGCACAGUACACGACUUCAUAGACUGAGCCAACAUGGACAAACACCGACAUACAAAAGACACACAGGGCCUGGUUAUUGGCCAAAAAAAGAGUAAAUAAAUAAAUAUGAAUAAUCAUAGGCAGAUAUCUGUCAUAUAGUCCAUCCACUGAACCCGAUUCGACUGUUAUCAGGCCAUUAAAUAAUAUAUAAUCAUAAUCAAUUGCCAUAAUCACCAUAGAUGUGGGUCAGUAGGGGCCUUCUACGCCUACUACAUUGUAAAGGUUAAAGGGAAGCUUAAAAGUAACAUCAGGUUUUGAACACAAACAGAAAGGCUUCUUUAGGUUUAGACAAAAAAAAACCCACUUAGAACUUGGUUAAAAUAACGAUGAACACAAAGACAACUACACAUUGUUGGUUUCACACAGGAUGCAAACUCCAGUUUCCUGGGUGAAAUCCCUGUGUUUUUUGUCCCAUCCUUGGUCCCCGACCUCCAACCCUUAUGGAGUUUGACUGUCUAUACUACAGCGCCUGACUACCGUUUCUGCUUUUGUCAUAAUUACUAUGGUCGCUAGAGGUCUCUGUUGUGUUUUUUUAUUCCUUCUUUCGGCGAUCUACCAAGUGAAUAGAUGAUAAAACCUACUAGUUGUUGUAGUAGGCCCCUAUUGACUCAUAUCUAUGGGACUUAUAGCGACUGAUAAUGCUUAUUUAAUAGCCUGAAAACAGUAUAAUGCGCUGAUCCACUCUAGUUGACUAUCACUUACACCUCCACAAAAUUAAGUAUUUAUAAAUGUGUGAUGACCACUUGAUGCCAUGUGUAUGUGAUUGUUCACUUUUUAUAAUGUAAAUUAAUUUUGCAUGUAAGUCAGUAUUAAUAAAUGCAUCUUGAAACAUGCCAACGUCAAA